CAGCGUGUCUGUGUCGUGAUUGGCCAGUCUCACUGCCCGUUACUGUUGGGGACCACAUUGUUGAGUUGAGUAAAAAGGAAGCCACGUUGACAUAGAAAGUAGUAUUUGUUAGUUUUUUGUCACCUCGUCCAUUUACACCUGUCAACUCAGGAAACUCAGCUGAAACAUUUAGGGAAAGGUCAAAGACGCCACAUCAUCUGACAGGAUGAGCGUUGGAUUCAUUGGAGCGGGCCAGCUGGCUCACGCACUGGUGAAAGGAUUCACGGCUGCAGGUGUGAUUGCCACACAGAGGAUUACAGCCAGCUCCCCAGACUCAGAGCUGCCCACUGUGUCGGGGCUGAGGAAAAUGGGGGUGAACCUGACAACUAGCAACAAAGAGGUCGUCAAUAAGAGCGAUGUGCUCUUCCUGGCUGUGAAACCCCACAUCAUCCCCUUUGUUCUGGAUGAGAUUGGGCCAGACAUCGAGGACCGUCAUCUCAUAGUCUCCUGUGCGGCAGGCGUCACCAUCAGCUCCAUAGAGAAGAAGCUGCUUCAGUACCGUGACGCUCCUAAAGUCAUGAGGUGUAUGACUAAUACUCCAGUGGUGGUGAGAGAGGGAGCUACAGUGUACGCCACUGGGACACAUGCAGAGCUGGAGGACAGCAAGUUACUGGAGCAGCUGAUGUCUAGUGUAGGUUUCUGCACGGAGGUGGAGGAGGACCUCAUUGACGCUGUCACAGGGCUGAGUGGCAGUGGACCAGCCUACGCGUUCACAGCCCUGGAUGCUCUUGCAGACGGAGGAGUGAAGAUGGGUCUGCCAAGAAGACUGGCUGUCAGACUUGGAGCUCAGGCGCUAUUGGGAGCAGCUAAGAUGCUGCUGGACUCGGAGCAGCACCCCGGCCAGCUGAAGGACAAUGUGUGUUCACCAGGGGGCGCCACCAUCCACGCCCUGCACGUCAUGGAGAGCGGUGGCUUUCGCAGCCUCCUGAUCAAUGCAGUAGAGGCUUCAUGCAUUAGGACACGAGAGCUGCAGUAUCUGGCAGACCAAGAGCGCAUCUCCCCAGCAGCCAUUAAGAAAACUACACUGGACAAGGUGCUCCAGCAGCCCGGAGUCACAGUCAGCGGAGUGGCUAAUGGGAGCGGCAGAUCGGGGCUCAGCCUGUUCAACAAUCACGGCUCCAAUAUCAAGAAGAAGAAGAACUGAAUACUCGGAGGCAGGUGCACACAAACGUAUCACAGGUUUAUACACAUCAUUUCAACUUAAGCAGCUGGACUGGUCAUAAAUGGUGUCCAAAUCACUUCACAAAAAUGCCAAAUUAUUUAUUCGUACUUGAGUUACAUACGGACAGUGGACCUUUCUACACUACACACAAGCACAGGUGCAUUCUGGGUGCGUUGCCCACAGCUAUAGCCUUAUGUUGCGAUGCAGGGUUACUGUCUACACAUGCGCAUUCAGAUACACACUGAAGAGCAAAAGUGCAUUUACAAUCUCUUGUGUGUCUGUUAAACGGUAACGACCCAGUGGGCCAUCAUGGGACCCUGGUACACGCCAGGCAGCAGAUGCCAUCAAGAUCUAAGUGUUUGUCUUCAAUGUCGUUCUUUUAAAACAAAAAUGAAGCCACAAUGUAAAUCAUACUGUCCCCUUUUCUUUUUUUUGUUGCUAAUAAUUAUAUUUUGUUUUUGUUUGUUUAACAAAGACUGAAUAUGGAGCGAACAAAAUAUUUACUUUAUUUUUGGUUGUUUUGAUUGUCGUAUAUGAACAUCAUGGUCUUCAUGGAUAAAAUACCUUCCCUGCUGUGUUACAACUGGGUUUCUAGGACAUUAGGAACAUUGUGCCUACAAAACCCUAACCCACAAAACAUGUCUUUCUUGCAUAUAAAGGUCAUUCCAAGCUUUCAGGUAUGUCUGAUGUCGGCAUCUUCCUCAAAUCCAUUUGUUAAUUUCCUGUUUGUUCAGGACAUUGUGGGUCUUGAACCCCAAAUCUUGAACUGUUUUCUUGAACCUCCUGAUGUUUUAUAAUAUAGUGGCACUUUUUACAUGUUCUCUCAUAAAGGAAUGUGAUGCUGUUACCUGUACAGUCCUUCAAGAAAUCAAUCUACACAAAGAAUCAGAAUGAUAUGAAGAUAUAUUCGUACAGAUUCAGUCCGUCCCAUUUGUGUAUUUUGUAUUGUUCCUUAUAUUUUAAUGCCCAUAAUAUUACAUGUUAUGUAAUGUUUUGUUUGGUAUAACAACCACUGAGUUGCUGUGUCAGUCAAAAAGUCAAUAUGAUGCAGAUUCAAAUACUUUUGUUCCUAAGCUAGUUUGUCCCUGAAUUAAAUAUGAGUGGGGUGACUUGCAUUACUCUGCACUGACUCUCUCAGA